CUCUGCAAUUUACACAGUGUAAUGACUGUUAUAUAUUAUGUUUUCCUCCUACGCACUAUAUUAUUAUUUCGGGUUAAAGCGUUCUCCGUUACAUAUUUUAUACGCUGAUGAUAAAGUGUGAAAACGAUUUAUGUUCGAUUUCUCCCCCCUCCCCCGGUGCGACCGCAAACAAAAAAAAUCGUGUACAAAAUAUCAUCGCGCCGAGCCUUAUGCGCGUUUUCCUUCUUCCGCUCUCUCCGUUUCUGACGAUCUAUAAUAUCGCGUCCGUUUGACCACUGUUUCGUAUUAUGUGCGACUAUUCAAAUCUCCAUCAUAAACAAUACUGAAACAACCUGCUCUCUGUCCCACAUCCACUCGUGUCCAUCAACGACCGUGACCAAACGUAAACGAAAAUACCGCGUAAUAACUGAUAGAAAAAAAAAAUAUAUAUUUAAUAUAUACCUAUACACAAAAUGAAAUUAAGAAUUGCAUUAUUCGCGUCCUAGGUUUUUCUAUAUAUUUUUAUGUAUUAUGUAUAAUAUUACUGAAAUAUAUAUUUAUUUAUACUAUAUAUGUAUUAUAUGCGAAGCUGUAUAUGAAUACACAUUUUCCCGUCGUUAGGCGACAAUCAAAACUCUGUUUGUUAAAAACCCGUUUUUGAAAUUUUUGUUGUGGUUGUUAUCUGGAAGAUUUAAAUUGGAUGACUGUUAUAAUUUGGUGCUGGAAGAAGAUACGGCAUGCGUAUGCGGCGUGCAAACGCGUCAUAAGUCGCAGCGGUGGAAACAGCGAAGUGGAUCAUGACCAAGACGCCGUUUAUCAUGUAGAUUUAACCGUAAGAGCAGCGGGGGAGCAAAACCCGUCGGUCCACCUGCAGGUCAUCAGUACAAUGCCGCAACAGCGGCGCCGCCCGGACAUCCAGCCGAUAGGCAUGCGAAGAUUCGCCGACCCGGAGAAAUUAGCGGCUGUAUUUAAGGCUUGUAAAGAGCUCCGGGUGCCGAUCGACGACGACCGUUUCAAAGACGCCGACGAUGACGAUGGCAGUGGUCCUGCGAAAGAGAACCGCAAGAAUGCAACACGAACCGCACCGAAAAACAAAAAUAAUAUCGAUAAUACCGACUCGCAGCGACGAUAAUAUCGGCAGUACAUAACAUAAUAAAUUAUCAAAAUAAUAUAAUAAUAU